GGAGGGGUCAUUGUAUCCUGCGCGCGGUCUAUUCUCUUGUAUGUUAUGUAUAUCUCCCAUAUCAGCUGUUAUCUUUCUCAGAUGAAACUUUCAGUGGAGUGCACAUGAAGCAUACAUAGAGUGGAAUAUCUCCCCGUCACGACCAGUGACUGGUACCAUGCAUAUAAUGCACGCACUAUAGAUCGCUACGUCUCAGCGCCGACAACCGGGUCGGGCAUUACUGGAGGCACACGGGAAACCGUAUGUCGGAGGAUUGCAUUCCUCGAAUAGAUGUAGUCGUUAAUCUCCGGCGGAGUAAAGCACGUCUUUCAUGUAAACUGAGCGCACAUACACAUCGAGAUAAACACAAGAAACUGGAUCUCUAGUAUAUAUAGUACCAUGUAUCUCACAAGAAAAUCGAGUCUUCAACCCACACAUCUCUAUUUCUUUGCUAACCAUGUAUCUCCAAUCUUCUCUGGCCUUAGCCCUUCUCCGGGUUGCGGUGGUUCAUGGUUACGCUAACCCGGGGGCUUGCUCUGGUGCCUGCAACAUCCAUGAUCCUGCCUUGAUCCAGAAUAGCGAUGGAACGUACUAUCGCUUUUCCACCGGGAAUGGCAUCUCCUUUGCUUCUGCUUCAUCCAUCGAGGGUCCAUGGACAGCUCUUGGGUCUGUUUUGCCUAGUGGAUCGUCGAUUGAAAAUUCCGGGAGUGAUGAUCCUUGGGCACCCGACGUGCAGAAGGUUGGCAACCUUUACCACCUCUACUAUGCUGUAUCGACUUUCGGCAGCCAAGAAUCUGCCAUCGGUCUCGCAACCUCCGAAACCAUGGAGGAAGGUACAUGGACCGACCAGGGUUCAAUUGGGGUUACAUCCACAACGGGUAACCAAUACAACGCCAUCGACGCAAACCUUCUGAUAGAUGGCUCGGCCAACUACCUGACCUUUGGAUCGUUCUGGCAAGACAUCUUUCAAGUCACACUGAACGGAGACGCCACGUCUUCAACAUCAACGCCGGUUAAUGUUGCUUUCGAUCCGGCUGGUACACAUCCCGUUGAGGGUGCUUACCUGUACAAAUACGGAGAUUAUUACUAUCUAUUUUACUCCUGGGGAACGUGCUGUGGAUAUGACCAGACUAUGCCUGCCGCAGGAGAGGAGUAUAAGAUCAAGGUUUGUCGGUCGAGUACGCCGACUGGGGGCUUUGUUGAUGCGAGCGGUGUUGCAUGCACGGAUGGCGGUGGUACCGUCGUUCUUGAGAGCCAUGAUAAUGUCUAUGGGCCUGGUGGACAGGGUGUCUACACCGACCCGAGCCUUGGCCCUGUACUCUACUAUCACUACGUUGAUACGACUAUCGGGUAUGGUGACUCCCAGAAGCUAUUCGGAUGGAACGCCAUCGACUUCUCGAGUGGAUGGCCUUCUGUAUAA